AUGUCACAUUCUAAUGAAAAUAGUAAUGGACAUAAUCAAACUACAAGAUCCAAUGGUAAUGCGGAUGAAUUCGACGAUUAUUUUAGGGAUUUAGAUAAUGAAAUGGACGCUGGGAAUGAUGGAUUUGAUGAUGACUUUUUAGAUAUCUACAAUUUAGCCCCAAGAGAUCGUUUAGUUUAUCAAGCCAAGAAGACAGUUAAUCAAAUAUUAGGUCAUUUUUAUGCAUUGCCUAUAUUUCAUAGAAUAAUAAUUAUUAUAUUAUUAUCUGUUGUUGGUUUAUUGGGUUUCAUAUUGUUAAUAUUCCAUGAGAAAAUCUUAAAUAAAUUGGUUAGCACUUCCAAUGAAUUGAAAGAAAGUUGGUCAACAACUUAUAUUUUAUUCUUCCUAAUAUUCCUAGUCUCUUUCCCACCGUUAAUUGGAUUCUCAUUGAUAUCUACAGUAACAGGUAUCAUAUAUGGUAUAUCUUUCCAUGGUUGGAGUAUAUUAGCUUCCGGUGCUGUUGUCGGAUCUGUCUGUUCAUUUGCUGUAUUUAAAACCUUUUUUCAUGAUAGAGCUGAAAGAUUGGUACAUAUGAAUAGUCGAUUUGAAGCAUUUGCAUCAAUCUUACAAGAAAAUAAUAGUUAUUUCAUCUUAGCCUUAUUGAGAUUAUGUCCGUUCCCAUAUUCAUUAACAAAUGGUGCUGUGGCAGCUGUAUAUGGUGUCUCCGUAAAGAAUUUUGCAAUUGCCAACAUUAUCACUACUCCUAAGUUAGUCAUCUACUUAUUUGUAGGUUCAAAGAUCAAGAAUUUUAGUGAAGCUGAAUCAGCUGGUACAAAAUUAUUAGAUGUAUUCAGCAUAGUGUUAGCUUUGGCGGCAUUAGUUGCUACUGCAUGGAUUUUAUAUUUCAAAACUCAAAAAAGGUUUGCUCAAUUACAGAGUCAGCGCCAAUCCGGCAACCAUAUCUCAAUAGAUCCAACAUUUGAAAUAUAA